GCUGGCCACGCAAAUAAACAGUGUCGAAUUUAUAGAACUGGAAACCACGUUCGCACGGUGGGUUAUUCCACUUCGUAAAACUCGAGUUCUUCGAUCGACUGUGGAGAAUGAUCGACAUUUUCUCUAUCGGCGAUUCGUUCUGAUCGUUUGUGAAUCUCAAGUGUAAAACGAAUACCUGUGUAUACAUUAAUUUUUAUCAAGUAAGAAUUCUAAUCUCGGCAGAUUGUUGGUUACGUAAGAUUGUGCGUUACAAAACUAUGAAUAACGGAUACGCAGUAUGCCAUUGUUGUUGCCAUUUCGAUGCCUGAUACGAAGGCCAUCCGGUAGCCGGAGUUAUCAAUCGAGGUUUCUCUUCUACAAUGCGAUCCAAAGGAAUCCAGAAAAAUGAGGAAGCUAGAUGAUGGCAGGUGGAACGACCGGGUGAUCCUGAACGUCGGCGGUGUACGACACGAAACGUACAAGUCGACGUUGAAGAAAAUACCAGCCACCAGGUUGUCGCGUUUAACAGAGGCCCUGGUCAAUUACGAUCCUAUUUUGAACGAAUACUUUUACGAUCGUCAUCCGGGCGUCUUUGCUCAGGUGUUGAAUUACUAUCGUACCGGAAAGCUUCAUUACCCGACGGACGUUUGUGGUCCGCUUUUCGAAGAGGAACUCGACUUCUGGGGCUUGGACUCUAAUCAGGUGGAGCCGUGUUGUUGGAGCACGUACAGCGUGCACAGAGAGACCCAGGCAACGCUGGCGAUUCUCGACAAGCUGGACGUCGAGGGCGAGAAGCUGAGCGACGAGGAGAUCGCCCGACUUUUCGGUUGCGAGGAGGAGUACAACAGGGGGACAUUGACGAAAUGGCAGAGACUACGGCCGAGGAUUUGGACGCUCUUCGACGAGCCGUACUCGUCCACCACGGCCAAGUGCAUAGCCGGUGUCUCGAUACUUUUCAUCUGUCUCUCGGUUCUCUGUUUCUGCCUGAAGGGUCACACCGUGACGACGAAACCGUCGAGGAACAAUAAUCAACGGAACAGCGAACCGCUUCACAUCGGGUCCAGCCGGAACACGGAUCCCGCCGACUCUCAUCCGGUGUUGUUUUACCUUGAGCACACGUGCAACGCCUGGUUCACUUUGGAGAUUACUCUUCGCUGCCUGGUGAGCCCAAGCUUGAAGAGAUUCGCCGUGUCACCGGUGAACGCGAUAGACUUAGCCGCGACAUUGAGCUUUUACACGGAGUUCCUCACCGAGUCCAGCCUGUAUCUGGAGAUCCUGUCGAUAGCUCGAGUUCUGCGGCUCUUCAAGCUGACGAGACACUCCCCGGGCCUUAGAAUCCUGAUCCAUACGUUCAAAGCGUCCGCCAAGGAGCUGGCGUUGCUGGUUUUCUUUCUCGUCCUGGGCAUCGUCGUCUUCGCCAGUCUAAUCUUCUACGCGGAACGUCUCCAGGAGAACCCGCAUAACGACUUCGACAGCAUACCGCAUGGUCUCUGGUGGGCUUUGGUGACUAUGACGACAGUUGGUUACGGCGAUAUGACACCAAAAACCUUCCCCGGAAUGUUCAUCGGGGGACUGUGCGCCAUUGCGGGCGUUUUAGCUAUCGCCCUUCCGGUUCCCGUUAUCGUCAGCAACUUCUCCAUGUUUUAUUCUCACACGCAGGCUCGAAGCAAGUUGCCGAAACAAAGACGAAGAGUGCUACCAGCAGAAGUGCCGAGGCGACCGAGAUGUUUGAGUUACCAGGAUGCCACCGACAUUCAAUCGCAAUUUGCCUCCAGUGCUUUAUCCAGAUCGCUGACAAUGAGAUCGAGACCAGCAACCAUAGGAUUGGAGAAUGUUUUAAAUUUACAGCCUAAUAUCGUGAUAAAUUUACCACAAGGGUCUACCGUCACAGGAACCAUAAAUUCUGACAGAGUGGAGUCUCCUCGCCACGCUGGCAAUAAUUCUGUGAAAAAUGGCAAAACAGUUGAUGGAGUCACAGAUGGCACUUAUCAAGAGGAGGAGAGCAAGAAGGCAGGCUCGUUUACUGAAGCUUGCAAAGACACAUCUCAUACUUACAUCAUCGUACCAGAGAUUUCGGAAACAAUGUAAGAUUGAUAUGUAACAAUAAAUUCGUUUCAUCUA